AUGGAAGGCGCGGACUAUACGUCGCCAGAAAAACCAACUGGUACGAACAAUCCUGACUUGGAGAGAAUGUCAGUAGACAAUUGUGUCGUGGAUGCGUCUGUUUCGGAGAGCGAUUCCGUGCUCUAUCGCGGAGUAAAUGAACACUCCUCAACCAAAGGCGCACACACUGAACGGGAAACCGGCACGAUUACUUUCGUAGAUAUCUUUCGAGAUGAGGUUAGCGUGGAAGGUCGUACCGUCCCAGGAUCGCACACCGGGGGGACUCCCCUCGCCGACAAUGUUGACCGAACCAGAGACGACAUGAUGGCAACUGGGCGGGAACCCAAAAUACUCACCUUCUCUGACAGGGUGUUGUACGAAGCGAAGAAGUUGAGGGAACGAAUGCAACGUACUCGCAGUGAGGAUCCAGGGCAUGUAACUGCCGGAAAUAAUGAUUCCAACGCUUCAGCUACGACGCAGCCUGCUGGUGCCGCAGAUGACUUCUCGCCAUAUACGACGUGGAGCAGCGCUGGUAAUAGAUUGCCAUCUGGAUAUGAAGCUGGCAGUAACGAUCGCUCACGGCUGAGGGCAGCGGAUGCGUACUCCGAGCUCAUCAUGCGAUCGAACGCCCGAGUUAUGGAGUGGUUCAGGAACAGGUUCAACACUAUUGAUGCAUCCUAUUCUAAACGGGCGAUGGCUUUGGGUGAUCUGGAAAGAUACGUAAUACCAAUUCGUCCAACACAAGAACCUAUAGAAGCGAUUAAUCGGGCCGCGGAAGAACUAGAGCUUCUUAGGCAAGAAAACGAACGUCUCAAAGGCCUGGUGGAAAGCACGUCACAGCUGAAGCAGCGUCUAGAAGAAGCAAAAGCGAAUGUGGAAGAGUUGGCAAAUUCACUGGCCAUCGAACGCAAGCACAACGAAGAAAACAUAAAGGACAAAAUGACGCUUCAGCAAAGAAUCGCAAAAUACUCGGAAGACCUCAAGAACAGUAGGGAGGAGCUAGACGUACUACGGGUCAUGCACCAAAACGAACUAGAGGAAUACGAGAAAAGAAAGGGGGAGAUGCUCUCAAACAUGGCACAGCUCCAAAAGGACAUUACGCACAUCAACGAUAACCUGUUCUCGUGCUACAAGGUCAUCGAGGCACAGAAAACGGAACACACCUUCCUCAAAAAAGAGAACGAGGAACUCAAAGAGGAAUUGAAGAAGGUUAGAGGAGACCUCAGGAGGCUGUACGAAACCAACUCAAACCUCAAAUCGCAAAACCUGUCGCUUAUCGAAAUAAACAACAGGAUAAGAACCAAAACGCUUUUCAAGACAGACACAGCUGACACCUGCAGCACGCGAGGUUCGUGCAGCUCAAAGGCUUCUUGCGUGAGCAGGGACGAAUUCGUCUUCUUCCACGUUUUCAACGACACGCCUUCGGCCGCGUCGGAAUUUGCGAGUACCACGCGUAGCGGCAAGGACGUGAAACUAAACGACCACUGCGGAGAACAUGACGUGAAUGGGCCGAUGAAUGCAGAAACAUUGGUAUCUAUGAGCUCCAUGACCAAACGAGCAAUCGCUGGGGAUGAUGGACCAAAGGCGCUGUGUGACGCCCACAAGAAUAUCUUCGAAACGGCGGCAGACCUUUCAUACGGCGUCAGAUCGAACCCACUCGAGGCAACCGUAACAUCGAAGAACGGUGACGAACAAGGUAGCGAACCUACCGAAGAUAAUCGCAACUCUACCGUGUAUGGUAAAAUCACUCCUUCCACGAGGGACGACAUGAGUGCCAGGAACACCUACAUGGUAGACCACUCGACUAUAUACAGCGUAGACGGCUCCACUCCGAAUUAUGUGGACAUGCCAUCCGGCAGGGGCUUGACUACGGAAGACUUGAGCGAAGUGCCCAGCCCUUUCAAAUCUAAGAACUGGCUUCUAGAAAAGGUCUCAAGGGUGUCUAACAGGGACUCACUCGAAUUCCUACGGGAAAAAAUCAGGCUAAUAACAAGCCAGGGCUGCGCAAACUUCGGUGUUAUAGAAGACCAAGGCAGUCAACCUGGUGGAUGUCUCAAUUAA